UACGCCUGCGCGCUGGAAGUGGGUGGCGGGGCGGCACCGGCUUCGGCAUGGCGGAGGUGGACCUAGAGUCAGAUCAGAUUCGACUGAAGUGUAUCCGUAAGGAAGGUUUCUUCACUGUGCCUCCAGAACACAGGCUUGGAAGAUGCCGGAGCGUUAAGGAGUUUGAGAAGCUGAACCGAAUUGGCGAGGGCACUUAUGGCAUUGUGUAUCGGGCCCGGGAUACCCAGACAGAUGAAAUUGUUGCCCUGAAGAAGGUGCGGAUGGACAAAGAAAAAGAUGGCAUUCCCAUCAGCAGCCUGCGUGAGAUCACAUUGCUCUUGCGUCUCCGCCAUCCAAACAUUGUGGAGCUGAAGGAGGUGGUUGUGGGCAACCACUUGGAGAGCAUCUUCCUGGUGAUGGGUUACUGUGAACAAGAUCUGGCCAGCCUAUUGGAAAAUAUGCCAACACCCUUCUCUGAGGCCCAGGUUAAAUGCAUCAUGCUACAGGUGCUUCGUGGCCUUCAGUACCUGCACAGGAACUUCAUCAUCCACAGGGAUCUGAAGGUGUCCAACUUGCUCAUGACAGAUAAGGGCUGUGUAAAGACAGCGGAUUUUGGCCUGGCUCGGGCCUAUGGUGUUCCAGUAAAGCCAAUGACUCCCAAGGUUGUUACCCUCUGGUACCGAGCCCCAGAGUUGCUGCUUGGAACUACUACCCAGACUACCAGCAUUGACAUGUGGGCUGUUGGCUGCAUCCUGGCAGAGCUGCUGGCCCAUAAACCCCUUCUCCCUGGCACUUCCGAGAUCCACCAGAUCGACUUGAUUGUACAGCUGCUGGGGACACCGAGUGAGAAUAUCUGGCCGGGGUUUUCCAAGCUGCCGCUGGCUGGCCAGUACAGCUUGAGGAAGCAGCCCUACAACAAUCUCAAGCACAAGUUCCCGUGGCUCUCAGAGGCUGGACUUCGUCUGCUCAAUUUUCUCUUCAUGUAUGACCCUAAGAAAAGGGCAACUGCGGGGGACUGUCUGGAGAGCUCCUACUUCAAAGAGAAGCCCCUACCCUGCGAACCGGAACUUAUGCCCACCUUCCCCCACCACCGCAAUAAGCGUGCUGCCCCAGCUGCCACUGAGGGGCAGAGCAAACGAUGCAAGCCCUGAUGGUGGGUCCAGCCCAUCCCUACACAUCCUCAUGGAGCAGUCGGCAGACUGGGAGGGCCCUCCAGGCCAAGAUGCCUUUGGCCCCUCCAGCUAACAUCUUCAGAUGACUCCUCCCCGCUACCCUCUGUGCCCAGAUACAAGUAGAUUAUGGACAGGGGUGUUGCCGAGUGGGGACACACAGCUUAGACCGGACUGUUGUAGCGCCAUCUGGUGGGCGGCUACUCGUGGCAGCCUUGUCUGUCAGUGAAGCUGUGCUUCUGGUGAGGCAGGGCUAGUGCUGAGAGGCCUUUAGGUCCACAUCAGUGGAGUGCUGGAACUGGAGCUAGGCAUUAGCCUGGAGUGAGCAGGCCCAGGGGAGUGUGCUGUUCCUGCUUGGUCACUAGGAGCUGCCCGGGACAGACAGGCUAUAGUGACCCUGGGCAGGGAUGGUGGGCUUCAGGUGGGAGGGAGGCAGUAAGUGUUGGUUGGGGCCAUGAUAGGAUGCUUUUAAGACUGUCAGAAUGAGAGCCCUUGGUGGAUGUGGCUGGCACUGAUACCCACAGAAAGAAUUGGUGGGCCCCUUUUCCAGGGUGGAGAGAUAAAAAGCCUUUCCAAUA